AUGCCCCUGAGCAAAGACCUGAAUCAGCAGCUUCCAGACAGUAAAGCAAACCUGCAGGAGGAAUUGACCCACAUGAAGCACGAGUGGAUCGUCCUGGCUGUCAAGGGCCGGCUUGGAGCACUGGUCAGUGUUGGCUCUGCCCAAACUCGUCAGUACUACUUUGUGAGCACUCCACUGAACUGGACUAAAGCCCAGAGCUUCUGCAGACAGGUCUACACCGACCUGGCCACCGCAGAGAGCACAGCUGACGUCAGUGCCGUUAUCAGCACCACGUCAAACUACACAGGCAAGGCUUGGAUAGGUCUCUAUGAUGAUUUGGUGAGCAGCUGGAGAUGGUCCCUGAGUGACAGCAGCUUCUACGGUGCAGGAGAAACAGAGUUUAGAAACUGGUAUGACGAUCAGCCCAACAAUCUUGAAGGACAACAGUACUGUGUGGAGCUUAUUACUGGGAGACCAUACUUUGGGACUUGGGGAGACAGUGACUGCAACGCCCAACAACGCUUUGUGUGCUACAACGGUACAGUAAACGACACAUCAUCCUUUGUUAAGGUCGACACACUUUCAAAUUGGACCGAAGCUCAGAGAUUCUGCAGGGAGAAUUAUGUCGAUCUAGCCAGUAUACGAAAUUGGACGGACAAUGACAUCAUCACCAACCUGGCAGGUGGGGACUUUGUGUGGAUAGGUCUGCACCGGGAAAAACUGUGGUCCGAUGGGAGCCCCUCUCUGUUUCGACACUGGGCCAACGAGCAACCAAGCUCCGGCGCAGAGGAAUGUGUCACUACGUCGUUCAAUGACUCAGGGCGGUGGUCUGAUGAUAACUGCUUCCUCAGAUUACCAUUCAUCUGUUACACAACAAUUCCACCCGAUGCAGAAGGCUUCAGAUCAACAGGACAGGAUGAGACCAGUAUCACUCUGCAGUGGAAUAAAAUUAACCAAACUGACAGCUUUAUUCUCCAGUUUAAUGGUUCAGAGAUAAACAUCACUGCACCAGAUGGAGAUGGACCAGUAACUCACACAGUCUCAUCUCUCACUGCUGGAACUAAAUACACAUUCACUCUCUUCUCUGUGUUUGAGAGUGUCAGAAGCAAAGGAGUAAACAUUACUGCAGUCACUGCUCCUCCAAACGCAGAACGCUUCAGAUCAACAGGACAAAAUGAGACCAGAAUCACUCUGCAGUGGAAUAAAGUGAACAACAAUGUCAGCUUUAUUCUCCAGUUUAAUGGUUCAGAGAUAAACAUCACUGCACCAGAUGGAGAUGGACCAGUAACUCACACAGUCUCAUCUCUCACUGCUGGAACUAAAUACACAUUCACUCUCUUCUCUGUGUUUGAGAGCGUCAGAAGCAGAGGAGUAAACAUUACUGCAGUCACUGCUCCUCCAAAUGCAGAAAGCUUCAAAUCAGCACGACAAGAUGAGACUAGAAUCACUCUGCAGUGGAAUAAAGUGAACAACAAUGUCAGCUUUAUUCUCCAGUUUAAUGGUUCAGAGAUAAACAUCACUGCACCAGAUGGAGAUGGACCAGUAACUCACACAGUCUCAUCUCUCACUGCUGGAACUAAAUACACAUUCACUCUCUUCUCUGUGUUUGAGAGCGUCAGAAGCAGAGGAGUAAACAUUACUGCAGUCACUGCUCCUCCAAAUGCAGAAAGCUUCAAAUCAGCAGGACAAAAUGACACCAGUAUCACUCUGCAGUGGAAUAAAGUGAACAACAAUGUCAGCUUUAUUCUCCAGUUUAAUGAUUCAGAGAUAAACAUCACUGCACCAGAUGGAGAUGGACCAGUAACUCAAACAGUCUCAUCUCUCACUGCUGGAACUAAAUACACAUUCACUCUCUUCUCUGUGUUUGAGAGCGUCAGAAGCAGAGGAGUAAACAUUACUGCAGUCACUGCUCCUCUAAAUGCAGAAAGCUUCAAAUCAACAGGACAAAAUGAGACCAGAAUCACUCUGCAGUGGAAUAAAGUGAACAACAAUGUCAGCUUUAUUCUUCAGUUUAAUGGUUCAGAGAUAAACAUCACUGCACCAGAUGGAGAUGGACCAGUAACUCACACAUUCUCAUCUCUCACUGCUGGAACUAAAUACACAUUCACUCUCUUCUCUGUGUUUGAGAGCGUCAGAAGCAGAGGAGUAAACAUUACUGCAGUCACUGCUCCUCCAAAUGCAGAAAGCUUCAAAUCAGCACGACAAGAUGAGACCAGUAUCACUCUGCAGUGGAAUAAAGUGAACAACAAUGUCAGCUUUAUUCUCCAGUUUAAUGGUCCAGAGAUAAACAUCACUGCACCAGAUGGAGACGGACCAGUAACUCACACAGUCUCAUCUCUCACUGCUGGAACUAAUUACACAUUCACUCUCUUCUCUGUGUUUGAGAGCGUCAGAAGCAGAGGAGUAAACAUUACUGCAGUAACUGCUCCUCCAAACGCAGAAAGCUUCAAAUCAGCAGGACAAAAUGAGACCAGUAUCACUCUGCAGUGGAAUAAAGUGAACAACAAUGUCAACUUUAUUCUCCAGUUUAAUGAUUCAGAGAUAAACAUCACUGCACCAGAUGGAGAUGGACCAGUAACUCACACAGUCUCAUCUCUCACUGCUGGAACUAAAUACACAUUCACUCUCUUCUCUGUGUUUGAGAGCGUCAGAAGCAGAGGAGUAAACAUUGCUGCAGCCACUGCUCCUCCAAAUGCAGAAAGCUUCAGAUCAACAGGACAAAAUGAGACCAGAAUCACUCUGCAGUGGAAUAAAGUGAACAACAAUGUCAGCUUUAUUCUCCAGUUUAAUGGUUCAGAGAUAAACAUCACUGCACCAGAUGGAGAUGGACCAGUAACUCACACAGUCUCAUCUCUCACUGCUGGAACUAAAUACACAUUCACUCUCUUCUCUGUGUUUGAGAGCGUCAGAAGCAGAGGAGUAAACAUUACUGCAGUCACUGCUCCUCCAAACGCAGAAAGCUUCAAAUCAGCAGGACAAAAUGAGACCAGAAUCACUCUGCAGUGGAAUAAAGUGAACAACGUCAGCUUUAUUCUCCAGUUUAAUGGUUCCGAGAUAAACAUCACUGCACCAGAUGGAGAUGGACCAGUAACUCACACAGUCUCAUCUCUCACUGCUGGGACUAAAUACACAUUCACUCUCUUCUCUGUGUUUGAGAGUGUCAGAAGCAGAGGAGUAAACAUUGCUGCAGUCACUGGUGAGAUACUUGACUUCAUUAUUUUACACAGUAGCUCUCCUCGAAACGCAGAAAGCUUCAGAUCAACAGGACAAAAUGAGACCAGAAUCACUCUGCAGUGGAAUAAAGUGAAGAACAAUGUCGGCUUUAUUCUCCAGUUUAAUGGACGCUCAAUAUCAACAAGUGAAAAUGUGACCAUUAUCAGUAUGCAGUGGAAUAAAGUGGGCAACUACGUCAACUUUAUUCUCCAGUUUAAUGGUUCAGAGAUAAACAUCACUGCACCAGAUGGAGAUGGACCAGUAACUCACACAGUCUCAUCUCUCACUGCUGGAACUAAAUACACAUUCACUCUCUUCUCUGUGUUUGAGAGCGUCAGAAGCAGAGGAGUAAACAUUACUGCAGCCACUGCUCCUCCAAAUGCAGGAAGCUUCAAAUCAGCAGGACAAAAUGAGACCAGAAUCACUCUGCAGUGGAAUAAAGUGAACAACAAUGUCAGCUUUAUUCUCCAGUUUAAUGGUUCAGAGAUAAACAUCACUGCACCAGAUGGAGAUGGACCAGUAACUCAAACAGUCUCAUCUCUCACUGCUGGAACUAAAUACACAUUCACUCUCUUCUCCGUGUUUGAGAGCAUCAGAAGCAGAGGAGUAAACAUCGCUGCAAUCACUGCUCCUCCGAACGCAGAAAGCUUCAGAUCAACAGGACAAAAUGAGACCAGUAUCACUCUGCAGUGGAAUAAAGUGAACAACAAUGUCAGCUUUAUUCUCCAGUUUAAUGGUUCAGAGAUAAACAUCACUGCACCAGAUGGAGAUGGAGCAGUAACUCACACAGUCUCAUCUCUCACUGCUGGAACUAAAUACACAUUCACUCUCUUCUCUGUGUUUGAGAGUGUCAGAAGCAGAGGAGUAAACAUUACUGCAGCCACUGGGCCUCAUUAUGUUGUCGGAUUGAACGUCAGAUUAAAGUCAUCUGUUCGGCUGUCAGAGUCGGACAUGGAGAGUAUGUUGAUGGAGCUCUUCAGACGAUAUGGAUUGUCGCCACAGUCAUUAUCCCUGAAGAUUCGGAAGACUGAUGAGACAUGAGACCAGUGGACGAAAGACGAGAUAAAAAUGAGAGAAUGGAUCUGCCAUGCAAAAACAUUUUUUUUUUUUUUUAAGUUAUUUAGACUUGGGGAAAAAAAUCAAAUUCCAAUGAAAUGUAGUUACCUCUGUCAAGGCCGAAAGGCCUAGGAAGGAGGUUGUGUUUUCACCAGCGUUGGUUUGAUUGUUGGUUUGCUGGUUUGUCCGUUAGCAGGAUUACUCCAAAAGUCCGCAACCGAUCUGAAUGAAAUUUUUCAAAGGGGUGGGGUGUGGCACAAUGAACAAUCCAUUAGCGAUCCAGGGGGGGGCAGCGACUUACAUGAAACCCGCCUUGGCGGAGGUCUGCGCUCUCCGAGUGCACAUCUAGUUUGACAGAUAGUUUUAAGACAUCCCUAAUCCAUCAUCAAUCAUCAUAUUAUAUUGAUUUAGCAGUUACUACACAAAACAUUUCAACAUACUAUUACCGUUUUACACUCUUAGUAAAUGAUUCAAUACAUGCGCCAAUCACACUGCAACUUUGGAUUGCACUGGUCAUUUUGUAAAGAGAAAACAGAAUUUCUUAAGAAGUAUGUUGUUGUUUUUUCCAGGAUCUUUUUGAAGUUGUUUCCCUACCAUUCACAAUUUUUAUAAUAUCAUUAAUUACCAGCUAUUGGGAAAUUGCGGAAUAAAUUUAUUAAAUAAUGUUUAUAAUAAAGUAACUUUCGAUAAAUUUUGAGGUAAAUAUUGGGGUAAUUUGGCAGUAAUUCCAAAGAAA